UGAUGAUGUACUGAUGUGGUACACUCCACAUACCCUACACACACUCAGCAUUGUACUCUGGUCUCCAUGCGACUGGACUCAACUACGUAAGAUGUGUGGUGUGGAUGUGGAUCUAGACGAUGAAGGUGUGCAGGAUGAGUGUGAGGUGGAGGAAGUUACCCACGAUGCAGUGCAUUUGUUGGCCCCGCCUCCAGCAGAGUGUAACGGGGCGGUGUGGGGGUCACGGCGGGGUUACGGUGUGUGUGUGCUGUGUGGCCUGCUGCUGGUGCUGUGGAAUGCAGGAGUGGGCGUGGCCUGUGUGACACUGCUGUUUGUAGUGUUCAUGCUGGUGUUAACACCGCCAACACUUCUACUGUACACUGGCUUCCUGUGCCACACUCGGAACAACCUCCAAGAUCCCAACAGUCUGGCUUUAAAGCAGCUCAUUCCACAGAGACAGCCCUUUUGGAUGUCUCUGAGAAACUACAUGCUGCUAGAUCAGCCAAACUGUCAUCUGUCCUUAUCCUCCUUGACCUUUCAGCAGCGUUUGAUACGGUCAACCACAAGACUCUCUUAUUCACCCUCAGGAGUCUUGGGAUUUGCGGAUCAGCUUGGGAACGGUUCACUUCCUACCUGGAAGGACGCUCAUAUCAGGUCCUGGCUUCCCCCUCCCCUCUCUGCAGUUACCUUGACGACAACAGUUGCUCCGCCCUUAUCAUCUUAG